UAUUUUGUUUAUCAGUUUUAUGGGGAAAAACCUCACUUCGGAGGUCCAAAGGUGACUUAUGUGCCCCCUCCUCCCCCUGAUGAUGAACAAGCCAUCUUUGCACGUUAUCAGACAGGAACUAAUUUUGACAAGUACGAUGAAGUCGUCGUCGAUGUGUCAGGACUUGACCCUCCAGCACCAUUACUGGGUUUUGAAGAAGCUAACCUCUGUGAGCCUUUAAAUAGGAACAUUGCUAAAGCUGGAUACUCUAAACUUACUCCAGUGCAGAAGUACAGCAUUCCAAUUAUAAUGGCGGGACGGGAUUUAAUGGCAUGUGCCCAGACAGGAUCAGGAAAAACUGCAGCUUUUCUUGUACCAGUUGUGGCCCAAAUGAUGAGAGAUGGCGUAACUGCCAGUAGCUUUAAAGAGCAGCAAGAACCACAGUGUAUUAUUGUUGGCCCAACUAGAGAACUGAUAAAUCAAAUCUUCCUGGAAGCAAGGAAAUUUGUGUAUGGAACUUGUAUAAGGCCUGUUGUGAUCUAUGGAGGUACACAGACAGGAUAUUCAAUUCGCCAGGUAAUGCGAGGCUGUAAUAUACUCUGUGCCACUCCAGGAAGGCUUCUGGACAUUAUUGGAAAAGAGAAGAUCGGAUUGCAAAGUGUAAAAUACUUGGUGCUAGAUGAAGCAGAUCGCAUGCUUGAUAUGGGUUUUGGAUUAGAUAUGAAGAAGCUGGUUUCUUACCCAAGCAUGCCACCAAAAGACAAACGUCAAACACUGAUGUUUAGUGCCACUUUUCCUGAAGAAGUUCAGAGGCUGGCUGCUGAGUUUUUGAAAACUGAUUAUUUAUUUGUUGUUGUUGGACACGUGGGUGGAGCUUGCAGUGAUGUUCAGCAAACUAUUCUUCAGGUUUCUCAGUAUUCCAAGAGGGAUAAACUGAUAGAAAUUCUACAAAGCAUAGGUCAUGAGCGAACCAUAGUGUUUGUGGACACGAAGAAAAAAGCAGACUUCAUGGCAGCUUUUUUUUGUCAAGAAAAAAUACCAUCCACUAGCAUCCAUGGAGACAGAGAACAGAGAGAGAGAGAAAGAGCUCUUCAGGAUUUUCGUUGUGGAGGAUGUCCAGUUCUUGUGGCAACUACAGUGGCAGCAAGAGGUCUGGAUAUUGAAAAGGUUCAGCAUGUUAUUAAUUUUGAUCUUCCUUCCACCAUUGAAGAGUAUGUACACCGAAUUGGACGAACUGGUCGUUGUGGAAACACAGGCAAAGCAGUUAGCUUUUUUGAUAACCGUACAGAUGGCCGUCUGGCAAGACCUCUAGUUAAAGUGCUUUCAGAUGCCCAGCAGGAAGUUCCUGUUUGGUUGGAAGAAAUCACUUUUGGUUUUCAAACAGACAGCAUCUUUGCACCAGUUAAGAACGACAAAAAG